UAGAAGGAUGCUGCUUGGGUAGUUCUCUGCUCCUAUCUGGGCUGGGCUCCAGCAGGCCCCAGAGAUGGCUGUCUCCCUGGGAGGGAUCCCAAGCGAGGUGCAAGAAAGCAUCACAGCCUUCCUGGGGACAAAGGAAGUUGUCCUGGUCAAGAGUGUCCAGCUGCAGAUCAAAUCCAAGUAUGAAGACUACAUCAUGGUCCUAACCCCUUGGAGGGCAUACGUGCUGCAAGUAAUACUCCCAAUCAGGGUGCAGAGCAGCUUCAGCUUCCUGGAGGUGCGAGAGAUUGUAGUCUGCGAGCCUAGCCUGGUUGUCAUAGAAACCGAUACAUCUUCUUAUGCCUUUAGGCUAAUGUCAUUUGAUGAUUUGGAGCAGAUUGUCAUCCACGUCACCAUGUCGCUUAAAAAGGUCUUUCCAGAUUCUUCACCUGGGAAACUGCUCAAGAAUUCUCCCCCCAAUUUGUAUGAGAGAAUCCGAAAGACAACAGACUCCCUGGAGGAAAUGCUGCAGAACAACCAAGGGCCUUGUGGUGGGUUUUCGGAGACGUAUGCUGCUUUAUGUGAUUACAACGGCUUUGCCUUCAGGGAGGAGAUCCAGUGGGAUGUGGACAAUAUUUACAACAGCCAAGACUGCCGAGAGUUCAACCUGUUGGACUUUAGCCACCUUGAGAGCAGAGAUGUUGCCCUUAGUGUUGCUGCAUUGUCCUUCAACCUGUGGUUCACAAAGCUGUACUGUAAGGACUUCAGGCUGAAUCUGGAGAUUUCUGAACAGCUGCUGUAUAUGCUCAGCAAAUCGAUGACACUGGAAGAGUUGGUACUGGAAAACAGUGGGUUAAAAUAUGAAUUUGCUCAGAGGAUGGCCCAGGCAUUAAGCAGGCACCCAGACUCUGCUCUUAGCACAAUCAGUCUAGCUGGCAACCAGCUGGAGGACAGAGGGAUAAUUGCUUUCAGCCGGCACUUGGAGAAACGGUCAAAGGGCCUGCAGAGCCUGAACUUCUCCAGGACCUCGCUGACUGCAAAAGGAAUGAAUACUUUAUGCCAGUCCCUUGCAGCAAAUGGAGUCUUCAGUACUUCCCUUCAUCACCUGGAUCUCUCUGGAAAUCCUGGCAUUCUUGCCACAGAGGAUGCUAGCAGUUUGCAUAGUUUCCUCAGCUGCUCCAACUCAUUGUCUCACCUUAACCUGUCUGGGACAGACUGUGCUUUGGAUGCACUUUUUGCAGCAUUAGCCGAGGGAUGCCGUGCUAACCUUGUGCAUCUGGAUCUCUCCAAAAACAUCUAUUCACACAAAAGGGUGAAAGAUGUCACUCCUGCUAUCAAGCAAUUCUUCAGCAACGCCUCCGUCCUCAAGUAUGUUUCAUUAGCUGGAACCAAGCUGCCUCCAGACGUUCUCCGGGCCUUGCUCCAGGGUCUGGCAUAUAACAGUCAGAUCAGUGACCUGCACCUGGACCUUAGUAACUGUGAGCUGAGAUCUGCAGGUGCCCAGGUGAUCCAGGAUCUGAUUUUUGAUGCCAAUUCAAUUAGUGAUUUGGAUUUAUCAGACAAUGGUUUUGAUUCUGAUAUGGUCACUUUGGUGCUGUCUAUUGGGAGAAGCAAAUCAAUUAGGCAUGUCUCUUUAGGAAAGAAUUUUAGCAUCAAAUCCAAGGACAGUCUUGCUGAUGUUCUUCACCGGAUUGUUCAGCUCACACAGGAGGAUGAUUGUCCUCUUCAGUCCCUGUCAGUAGCUGACUCACGGCUGAAAUCAGGAACCAAUGUCCUUCUGAGUGCUCUGGGCAGUAAUACUAGCCUCAUUAAGUUGGACAUCAGUGGGAACACAAUGGGUGACACAGGAGCCAGGAUGCUAGCCAAGGCCCUGCAGAUCAACACAAAGCUCAGGACAGUCAUUUGGGACAGAAACAACACAACGGCAAAUGGUUUCCUUGAUGUUGCGCGUGCUUUGGAAAGGAAUUACACCCUGAAGUCCAUGCCUUUGCCAAUGAGUGAUGUGAUGCAAGCAUAUCGGAACAAUCCAGAAAAAACAGAAGAAGCGGUGCACAAGAUACAAUCUUGCCUAAUGAGGAACCAGAUGCGGCGAGCCCUGCCCAAGCAAACCUUUCGGCUGCAGCAGGGGAUUGUGACCAGCUCAUCCGAACAGAUGGUGAAUGAGUUGUGCCUCAGUGUACAGAAGCACAUCGAUGUUCUGAACUCAUGCCUGGGGAGAGAGGUGGAAGCUGAUAUCCUCAGUGCAGAGGAAUCCAUUAAGAAUGCAAACCAUUCCAUCAGUAUCUUGCCACUCUUAUAUGAGGCAGGAGAUGCUCCCUACCAGAAUGGUAAACUGCAGCAUAAAUUGGAAAGCCUUACAGAAGAAGCCUCGCAGGCCUGCAGCCGUGAGAUUCAGGUGCUGAUGCAGGCCACACUGGAUACCACACAGAAUCUGUGUCCCAAAAUCCUGCAGAAAAGUGGCAUUCGGGAUCAGCUGAUCAACGCAAUGUCUGAAAGGGUCAUUCUUCAGGACCACCUCAACCUGAGCGUCAUCCUAGACCAGCUGGUCACUGAUGUGUUCAACAAGCUAAAUGAGAUCAAGCUGUCUGUCACUGCAGCUGUGGCGGACAGGAUAAUCGAUGAGGUUCUGGAGGACUUGACUAUAGCUCAGUGCAAGCUGGCAGAAAGUCUCCCAAGACACUCUCAGGAUCUUCAGUUGCUGCAGACAGAUAUUAUGGAGGAGGAUAAUGUCCUGCUAAUGAAGAGCAGGAAUCUGCUGGAGUUGGCUGAGAAAGGCUUUGCAGUGGAGGAGUGCAAGAUGGCUCUGCGAAGGAAAAACAAGCACUUCAGAAGCAUCCGGCCAACGCCUGCCAUGAGAAGUCUCUCGGAGCUCAAUCUUCAGGCAGAGGCAGAAGAUAACGAGAUUGGAACUCACCAGGCUCUGCUGUCAGUCAGCUGUGCCUCUGUGAAGUCACGCCCUGCCUCCACAAAGGAUGCUGAGGCUGGAAGCAGUUUGCUUCCUUGCACAGAGCUUGCAUCCACACAAUCCCUUAUGGACCUGCCAACUGAGGGAGAGAAACUGGAGCAUUAUACCCGAACUAGGCCCAGGCCCAACCGCAGAAACAAGCAGCCUCCAAGCAAGCCAAAUGUCCAACCAGUCUCCUGUGACAAUGAUGAGGAUAGGAGCAUUACUAGAGUGGAUGAAGGGCUAGACGAGUUCUUCACCAAGAAGUUGAUCCAAGAGGAAUUGCCCCGAGCUGCACUGGAAAUCUGCCCAGAUUCAGCUCCUCUCACGUCCUCUGGCUCCCGGACCUUCAAGAAGAAAAUAGGAAACUUCUUUGCAUUCAAGAAGCCCAAGUCCACCAGGGUCUCCAAGUGUGAGAAGGAACCUGAGGGGAGCCCAGUGGCAGCCAAAGGCAGGAAGUCUAUGCUGAGUGACAUUUUAAGGUCUUCGAGUAAGGCAGGGGAAGCUGCCAAGCCCCUGAGCAAAUCUGAAGAGGGUGGGUUGGCCGUGGAGCCCAGAGCUGAUACAGAACACAGCCAGACCCCUGAUGCUGCCCGCAGGAUCAGGCCCAAGUAUUCCAGAGAAGGCAAAUCACAGUCACUCAUACUCCUAUCUGGGGAGGAUGAGGAGGUGCUAGGAGUGAAACAUGAAAAGAAAAGGCACUUUGAGAAGAGCGAUGGAGAGAUCCCCAACUCCUUUGAGCAGCGAGUCCAUGUCAUGCUCCACCGCAUUGGGGUCACCAAGGUUCUGUCCUCUGAGGGCAAGAAGAAGCAGAAUAAAGAUGGUGAGAUCAAGAAGGCUGGUUCAGAUGGUGACAUUGUGGACAGCUCUGCGGACUCUCCUCCCCCCUCCCUGAAAUCACGAACUCACUCAGUAUCAACAGAUGCCUCUUUGCGAAGUCGCCCUGCUGACACCUUGGGCCGAGCAGCAGUAGUGGAGCAGGGCAGUGUGCCCAGCGAGACAAGGCUGACCUGGAAGGCCUUGGGGAAGCAACUAAAUGCUGAGCUCAAGGGCAAGUGUUCUGAACUCCAAUCUCCCUCCAGGAGGCCCUUUGUCAUCCAAGAGCAGAGCAGCCCCACAGAAAAGCAGACCAGGGAGACCUGGAGCAGCAGCUUGCCCAGGACUGGAAGGAGCCCUCCAGUGCCUUCACCAAGGAGAAUUAGCAAUUCAGGAGAUGCCAGGGCAACCUCUGAACUGUUGAGUUCACCUGCAGCUGUAGACACAAUUGCUGAAGACAAUCAACUGAAACUCAAACCUCCUCUGAAGAACAUGGCCAACAGGAGAGCCAUUUCGGUUCAUGAAGAACAGCUCAGGGACCAAGACUGCAUGGCUGAACUAGAGAAUGUAACAAUCCCUCUUCGUUUGCGGCGCUCCCCUGUAUUCAAACGGAGGAAUAAACCUGAGGCCACAGCAGACACUGAGACAAAUAGUGAGCUUGCCUCCCAGCCUGAACCUCAGAGCACUCUGAAACAGGAACCACAUGGUGCCAUGGGACCUAUGGAGGAGCUGCACCUCAAGCCCGGAGCAGAAACAGCAAAGGACCUGUUGCAAGUCAUGGAAGAGACUAUUGAGAAUGCACACAACAUAGCCAUAGACCAAAGAACUGCGGCACUGGGAUCAAAAGCACCCACCCAGGGCCAGUGAGCUAGCGGAUGCCACUGCACGCGAUCAUUUCCAAUACAACACUGCGAAUGAGUGCAAGAGGAACGUCCAUGUUUUGCAAGAACUACUCGGCUAUCUAUGCUGCAUAGACAGGACAGCAGAGAAAUACUGGAGGGGGCCCCAGGACUGCUCCACAUCCCACCAUUGCUCCUGGUUUUUAACGUCAGUGCUUCCUAUGG